UUCGGGUCAGUAGAAAUGAGAACCCUAAGGUCUCCACCUUCUGCAUUUUGUGCCGCUUCUCACUCUUUUUCCCAAUUCUGCACUCUCUUUAUCUCAACUCGCUCACCCUCUUUCAAACGAACUGAACAGCGACCCGUCCAGUUCCGGCAAGCCCGUAGCAGCCCUCCGGUUUUGAUAUGGCUGGUGGUGAUACCAAAAAUUCUAGUUCCAAUGCAAAAAGCAGAAAAAAGAAGGAAGUGAAGAAAGAGACCGGUCUAGGCCUCUCUAGUAAGAAGGAUGAGAACUUUGGGGAGUGGUAUUCCGAGGUUGUUGUCAGUGGCGAACUGAUUGAGUAUUAUGACAUAUCUGGUUGCUAUAUCCUGCGCCCAUGGACAAUGUCCAUUUGGGAGAUCAUGCAAGCUUUCUUUGAUGCUGAAAUUAAGAAGAUGAAGAUUAAGAACUGCUACUUCCCUCUUUUUGUAUCUCCCAGUGUUCUACAAAAGGAGAAGGAUCACAUUGAAGGUUUUGCUCCUGAGGUCGCUUGGGUCACAAAAUCAGGACAAACUGAUUUGGAAGUGCCAAUUGCAAUUCGCCCUACAAGUGAAACUGUCAUGUAUCCCUACUAUUCUAAGUGGAUAAGAGGACACAGGGACUUGCCUUUGAAACUUAACCAAUGGUGCAAUGUUGUUCGAUGGGAGUUCAGCAAUCCUACUCCAUUUAUUCGGAGUCGUGAGUUUCUUUGGCAAGAGGGGCAUACAGCUUUUGCCACAAAGGAGGAGGCUGAUAAAGAGGUUCUUGAAAUACUGGAAUUGUAUAGGUGCAUAUAUGAAGAAUACUUGGCUAUUCCUGUUAUUAAGGGUAAGAAAAGUGAACAUGAAAAGUUUGCCGGUGGACUCUAUACAACCAGUGUUGAGGCUUUUGUUCCACAGACUGGCCGUGGUAUUCAAGGUGCAACGUCACAUUGUUUGGGUCAAAAUUUUGCAAAGAUGUUCGAGAUAAACUUUGAAAAUGAGAAGGGUGAGAAGGCUAUGGUUUGGCAAAAUUCCUGGGCAUACAGUACCCGAACGAUUGGUGUAAUGGUGAUGGUUCAUGGUGAUGAUAAAGGCUUGGUGCUACCUCCAAAAGUAGCAGCUGUCCAAGUUAUUGUGAUUCCUGUACCUUACAAGGAUGCUGAUACUGAUGGGAUCAUUAAAGCCUGUGAGGCCACCGUGGAAACAUUAAUUAAAUCAGGUUUCCGUGCUGAAGUAGACUUCAGAGAAAACUAUUCGCCUGGUUGGAAAUAUUCUAAUUGGGAAUUGAAAGGUGUUCCUUUAAGGAUUGAAAUAGGACCUAAAGAUCUUGCAAAUCAACAGGUACGCUGUGUUCGCCGUGAUAAUUCUUCUAAAAUUGACAUUCCAAUGGACAAAUUGGUUGUACAAGUAGAAGAAAUCCUUGCUAAUAUUCAGCAAAACCUGUUUGAUGUUGCAAAACAAAAAAGAGACGCUUGCAUUCAGAUUGUGAAAACUUGGGAUGAAUUCAUGGAAGCACUCAGCCAUAAAAAAAUGAUCUUGGCUCCUUGGUGUGACGAAGAGGAGGUGGAGAAAGAUGUGAAAGCACGAACAAAAGGGGAGAUGGGGGCAGCUAAAUCACUCUGUUCUCCAUUUGAGCAGCCUGCACUAGAUGAAGGCACGUUGUGCUUUGCCUCAAGCAAGCCUGCGAAGAAGUGGACCUACUGGGGACGAAGUUACUGAUCGCCAAUUCUAGUUCGUUUUUAUUUACUCGAUCAUGUGUCUGUUUCCUCUAUAUGACAACUCUGAUAUUUAUUGCCAUGGUGUGAGCACCUUGCCCUUAAAAUAGGAAGUAUAGUUUUGCCCCCCAUUUCAGGCAGCUUCUUACUUAGGGGGGUGGUCAGGAGGUUGAAUUGAUGACAAAUUUUUUAUACAAUUAUAAUGUGAACUCUUAGAACCCUGACUUGGCUGGACCUGAUCUGUACUUUACAUAUAUGAAUGUUGUCUCAACUGUCUCUUUAUUCUCAA